CGUUCGACGAUAGAAGUGCGAUGCGCGUGACGCCUGCGACACUAUUCUCGCGGAAGUGCUAAUGCAGACACCAUGGCAAGGUACAGCAGCAAAAUCCUGUUGGCGAUGGCGGUCCUUCUGGCGGUCAUCGCAGCGUCGUCAGGAAAGGACCUCAACACUAGAAUGACCCCUGGGGAGAGGACUCAGGCAUUCGCGAAGAUGAAGGAGAGGUUCAAAAAGAUCGAGCCCGCUUGUAUACCACCAGAGCACCCUGGUGAAAGUACCAAGCCACUGCCGACUGUGCCGGACUCGUUCACCACCAACGUUGAGAUAGCUUUCGAAGAGAAGAAAAUGAAGGUCAUUUACGGUGCAGAGAGUUUCGAUGGCGUCCUGAACACAGGAGUCCUUCGCUACGAGUUAAGCGAAGGCAUCAUUCUAGGAAGACCUAAGGACCGACAAGAGAUAAUCCACUACAGCAUCCCAGCGGACGAAGCUCUUUUUAUUAUCGCUAAUGAAGCGUGCGAGGACGAGGGAGAGGAGAAUUGCGACCCCAAGAAGCGCUGCCACGCUGGUAAGCUGGAGGACCUCAGCGCCGAACUCCGCGAGCUGUUCGGGUACAGCGACGUAAAUGGUAACGACGGGUAUUACGGCGCUGGCGGGAUCCUGCAGUGGGGUCCGCAGUACAACUACGAGUACAAGGGCGCCUCCGACUGCAGAGGGAUGCGCUGCGACAAAUACGAAACUUGUAUCACCAAGCCCGACGAAAAUGCUACCGUUUUAAUUACAUAUUUCUGGUCAGAUAAAGCGUGGAACGUGACAACCAACGGCGCCCAAGUGCCAGUUGCCAUCGAGAUUUACGCCACGGGCAAGUUUGGCCACAUUUUUCAAAGGGAGGUGAUGCAGCGCUAUGACUUCUACGACUUCUACAGAGAUGUCCGUCCGGAUCCAGAUGAAUUUGAACCUCCAGUGGACGUCUACUGCCACGGGAGGAAGGACGUGUACGCGCCCCCCCGCGCACCCUUCUACUUUGCCUACAAUGCCGAGUCCAUCGCGGGCUUCGAGCUCCCCUUCCCCGCCGGCGACAACGAGACCACGACCGUCCACUUCACCACCGUCAUUUCCCAUUCCCAAUAUUAUGACUGGGAUGCUAAAGUAGUUAGAACGAAGUAUGUUCCAUGGUUCAUUUUUGGAGAAGAAAACAAGUACGAAUACACCACGGAGCUCAUCCAAGACUUCCAGCAAGGAUUGACAUAUGAGAUCUUGGAACACCUGAAGCUCUGUAAUGUUAGGCCUACAGAAAAUUUCACCAGCGCCGGCGACAUUAUAGUUGGCGACGACGGCAGCGUGUCCAUGGUUCCUCCCUGGAUCUUUGCGGACUUGGAUGAGCCCAUGCAGUACAAUGGCUUACACUGGACCCGGGGAGUGGACGCGGACGUGUGGGUGGGGCAGAAGAGGCACCAAAUCACCAGGCUGAAUGAGACGUACGUCUGGUACUACGCGUCGGUUAGUAUUAAUUUUUCUUCUUAUAUUGUCGUUAUCAUGUGUCUUCUAUUUACACUGCAGUCACACGGCCAACUGUGUAUUUAUGG